AUGAGCAGGCUGAGAUACUAUGGCUUAAAAUUUGUAACUUCUUCUCUAGCAAAGAAGGCAAAUGCAUCAGCUGUGAAAACCAAACUUGAUCAGAAUUCCAGUCUUGAACCUCUGGCGGCAUCAUCAAUGUGUAGAAUCAGACUAUCAAUUGGUUCUGGAUCCCAGCUGCAGAUCAAUAAUGCAGUUCUACAUGCCAAAGGAAAACACCAAGAAGAUGUAGUGGGAACUCCACGAGUACACAAAUCAGAUACAGCUGCAUAUCUAGCAUCAUCAGCAGUGAUUGCAGCAGAUGCAAAGCAAAAUUGUGAGGCAGCAAUGGAUCUUGAAUCACAUCAUUCCUCAGCUUCUGAAUGGUUUGUUUGUGAUGACUCAAAGAUAUAUACACGCUGCUUUGUUAUCCAUGGAACAGAUGUGUUGGUUCACAGGGGAAUCUAUGAAGAGUCAAUGGGGUUGUAUGAGCAACUCAUGCCAAAAAUGAUCCAGCAUCUAGAAAGAAUUGGUAAUCAAACCAAGCUUCAACUUACAGGCCAUUCUCUUGGAGGUAGCCUUUCCCUUCUAGUCAGUCUGAUGCCACUAACAAGGAAAGUUGUUAAACCCUCUGCUCUUCUACCAGUUGUCACUUUUGGAUCACCUUUUUUAUUCUGUGGUGACCAAAAGGUCCUUGACCAACUCGGCUUGGAUGAAAAUAAUGUUCAUUGUGUGGUGAUGCAUAAAGACAUUAUUCCAAGAGCAUUCUCUUGCAACUAUCCAAAGCAUGUGAAGCAGCUGUACUCUUCCAUGGGUAAAAUAUUUAUCCUCCAACAAGAUGAGAGGUCAUCCCCUGCGCAUCCUUCCUUCCCCCCAGGCAGUGCUCUAUAUGAAUUGGAAAAUGCCCAUGGUGCUACUACAGCAGGCGCUCAUAUCCGGUGGAAACCCUUAGUGACCCUACAGCAUAUGGUUCUGAAGGUUCGAUUUUUAGGGACCAGGAUCUAG